GAAGUAGAAGAAUAACCUACCUCGAUUGUUGUCAUUUUGAAAUUAAGCCGAAGUGUUUUAAGUGUUGAAAUGAGUGAAUGAUAUAAACUUUUCUAGUUAUGGCGAACCGUACUGUGAAAGAUGCCAAAUCUAUCCACGGUACAAACCCGCAGUACCUGGUGGAAAAGAUCAUCAGAUCCAGAAUAUACGAUUCGAAAUAUUGGAAGGAAGAAUGUUUCGCGCUUACCGCCGAACUUCUUGUGGACAAAGCUAUGGAAUUGCGAUACGUUGGAGGAGUUUUCGGUGGCAAUAUCAAGCCAACGCCAUUUUUGUGUCUCACAUUAAAAAUGUUGCAAAUUCAGCCUGAGAAAGACAUUGUUGUUGAAUUUAUCAAGAAUGAAGAAUUUAAAUAUGUUAGGGCACUGGGUGCUUUUUACAUGCGUUUGACCGGUUCUUCGCUUGACUGUUACAAAUAUUUGGAGCCUCUUUAUAAUGACAACAGAAAAUUAAGGAGACAAAACAGAAGUGCCCAGUUCGAGCUUAUUCACAUGGAUGAGUUUAUUGAUGAACUGCUCAGAGAAGAAAGGGUGUGUGAUGUAAUACUUCCGCGAAUUCAGAAGAGACAUAUUCUUGAAGAAAAUAAUGAAAUAGAGGCCAAAGUCUCAGCACUAGAAGAUGACUUUGAUGAAGAAAUAGAAAUGGAGGAAGAUACAAAAUAUCAGUUAGAUGAAACACCCCAACCAAAAGAAAAAGAGAAAAAAGAAAAGGACAGAAAAAGAGAAAGGAGCAGAUCCAGAGAUCGCGGAGAUAGAGACCGAGAAAGGGAAAGGCAUGGAAGUAGAAGCAGGGAUAGACACAAGAAAGACAAAGAGAGAGAUAGAGAUCGCGAUAAUAGGGAGAGAGAUAGAGACAGGGAGAAGGAUAGGAGGGAUAGAGACAAAGACAGAGACAGGAGGGAUAGAGACAGGGAUCGGGAUCGGAGGGAUAAAAAGCGGGAUGACGACAGAAAGAGGAGGUGAUUUUUGUAUUUUAUAUUGCGCUUAAAUAAACUUUUAAAAAUA